UCCUGUUCCUGCGAUCCGCUUGCCUGGGAAAGGAGACGCGAGAAGAGCAAGGGAAGAUGGAAGCGCUUCGAGGUUCGCGCUCGGAGGCCUUCGCUAUGGAGGCGCAAGAGGGGGUGCAAGGGCGGGGCGUGAAGGUCUUGAAGCUAUUCGGUGUCAGUAUUAUCGGAGGAGAAGCGAGAGAAGGAGGGGAAGGUAUGGGGGAGGCCGAGGAGGAUGAGGAGAUGGAGGAGGAGGUGAUGAGGAAGAGCUGGAGUACGGGCAACCUUGUCUCGUGCACCUCCGCCGCAUCGGCCGCUGAUCAUGGCCUCGAUCAAGGGUACCACUCCGACGGCGGCCUCCUUCCGUCCCCGAGCGGGUCGAGGAAGAAAAGCCACGAGAGAAAGAGAGGGAUACCUUGGACAGAGGAGGAACAUAGAACCUUUCUGAUUGGGCUCAAAAAGCUAGGGAAGGGGGACUGGAGAGGGAUUUCUAGGAAAUUCGUCACAACUAGAACUCCAACCCAAGUUGCUAGCCAUGCUCAGAAGUAUUUCCUCAGGCAGAGUAAUACUGGAAAAAAGAAGCGUCGAUGCAGCCUCUUUGAUGUUGUGGUCAACGAUAAAGUUUCUACCACAGAAACAGCUCCUCUAUCAUCUUCAAAGGAAAAUAAUGAAGUUCAAGAAAACAAUAGUCAUUACAACCAGGACAAUAACUCUGUAAGGUUGUCAAAUAACUGGACAACUGGCAUGUCAUCCGUGGCUGGAGGGACUUCUUCAGAUUUUCAAAAUGUUACAAGUCAAAGUAAUGCUACCAAUCUCCCUACUACUCCCAUGGUUGUUAUCACUAGCCACCCUCACAUUUUGGGUAUGCCACCAACCAACGUACCAAUUCAAACAAAUAUGCCGUCACAUACAAUAGUGUACCCAUCCCCACAUUUCGUCGAAUUGUCUUUGUCGUCAUACCCAAGCAGUCAAAUUCGCCCUUCAUCGACAGUCCCAACAGAGGCCACUGAUUUGGAGCUCAGGAUGGCACCUCCUCAGCCUCGCACCCGUGCUAAAGUGCCUGCCCAUGGCGCCGCUGGUGCAAUAAGAGUCAUCUAAUAACUUGUCUACUUGCGCACCAUGUUAUAUUUCUGCUACAGACAGAUAAUUAUGCUAUAAAACUCUGCUAUAAUUGGAAGUGACAUUUCUUUCUUUCUUUCUACUCGAGAAACAUCACUACAAUAAUAUAAUUUCGAGCUGUAUUCUAUC